AUGGCUGCGCAUCCCCAACAGGUGCUGCUGACGGAGGAGGCCGGAGAGCUGGACCCCCUGGGACUUGAAGCUGACCGUCUGGGGCCCCUGAGCGCCGCGACGAGGCCAGACAUGAGCAUCGGGAGGUCCGUGGCCAGCGUGGUGCAGGCUGAGUCCACCAGCCAGCACGCGUCCCCGUACCAGGUGCACAGGUGCUCCUUAUGCCCGUUCACCACAGGGAACUCCAAGGAUAUCCUGUACCACAUGUCGCUAUCCCACGCGACGGAGAAGCCCUUCGCCUGCCCGAACUGCCCUUACCGAGCCGCGCAGAAGAUUCAUCUCAAGAUACACAUGAGGACCCACACUGGAGAGAAACCCUAUGCUUGCACGAUGUGUGACUUCAGAUCUGCGCAGUCGAGUAAUCUGAAGAGGCACUUGGCGAAGCAUCACACUUCAUGAAAGUGAAAACAAACUCUCAGAGAAAUAUAUCUUGUAAAAGUUCCUGUGUUUAUUCAGACUGUGUCAUGCGUCUGAUACAAAUAUAUCUAUACAGUAUAUCUUAAGUUCUUGAAUCAGAAUUAGUGACUGUGUAAUGCAAUAUAUGUGACAUAUUUGUUAGUGCUUUCAUGAAUUCGUUUUUAAAUCACUGAUGCAUAAUCGUAAUUUAGAGAACAACAUAAACACUUGCAGAUUGUACUGGUGUCAUAUAAAGUAUAAAGGAGUAUAUGAUAUACAAACAUAUUCAAUAUGUUCACACAAAUAAACAUCAAUUGAUGUUCACGCAUUUGUUUUAAAGUCUGAUUUAUAUUUAUCUGUGUGUCUGCGAAUCACACACUCUCUCACUCUCUCUCUCUCUCUCUCUCUCUCU